AUGCCGCCCCAAGAAACCACUGAAGCACCCGAGACCCCACCUUGCCCGCUUUCUCCUCCCGUUCCUUGCCAGCCUCACGACACCAGCGACGACUGUCUUGACGACGAUGAUCCUGUAACCGAUCUUGACGAUAUCGGCAACGCCACUGUAAAUAGUAUCACACGGGAACCGCCUUCGCGUAACGUCACGUUGACGCUAGCUUAUACGGCCUGGGCCUUUGCGGGGCGUUCCAUCUGGCAACAAAGCGUUCUGGCAACCUGGGUCUUUUUGCUGCAGGGAAAACUGCAAGACGUCGGUUACGUUACCGCCAUUAUGGGGAUAAGUCAACUCGUCGUCUCGAUACCUGCCGGUUUCUUGGCCGAUACCUACCGUCGUGAUACUCUGCUGCGGACCGCUUCGGCAGUGGGCCUACUCGCCAUCGCAACGACUCUGUUGGCCUGUCACCAGCGCACCUUUCACUGCCUUGUCAUAGCCCUGGCCGUGUGGGGAUGUUGCUGGGGAAUCGCCAAUACCGCGCUCAGCGCACUCUUUGCCGAUUCGAUUCGGGACGGGGAACGAUCCUACUACUUUACCCAGCGCUCCGUACUCAUCACCCUGGGGAAUACAACUGGUCCGAUUGUGGCACUCGUACUGUUUAAGCUACUGGGAGACCACUGGACCAUCCAAGACUGCGCUGCCGUCAUGGCCGUUGGACAAAUUGUAUGCUUUCCCGCCAUCGUCUUGCUCUGCUUUCUUAGCGAUGACUACAUCCCGACGGCAUCCGACGCGGUGGAUCCGCCCGACGAAACAGAGCCAGCUCGCGACGCAUUUCUCCCCGCCGGGACUCCUGCCAAUCCCGUCGAUACGAACCAGGCUCUCACACAGCCUCUUUUGGCCGUAGACACCGUGCACACUCCCGUGCCUUACGUCUACGGCUUUCUGCCACCCACCAGGGCUGUUCCCAUUCUGGUAGCGCUGGCCGACAUUCUCUCCGGUCUGGGAUCGGGCAUGUCCAUUCGAUACUUUCCCAUCUUUUUCGUCCAGAAUCUCGGCCUCGGACCCGUCCACGUACAAUUGCUUUAUAUAACGGCACCUUUGCUACAGGCCAACCUGAUGCGACUGGCACAAACACUGGCGACCCAAUUCGGGCGAUGCCGUGUAAGCGUCGCGUUCAAAUGCGUAGGCGUGGCCUUUAUGUUCCUCAUGAUUGCCUCGUACCACUGGCAUCUACCGACCUUUUUGGUUUGUACUCUAUAUAUUUUGCGAACCAGUUGUAUGAACGCCACCAGUGCCUUGACCCGCAGUAUGCUCAUGGACAACGUCCCCCCACACGAGCGCGGCAAGUGGAGUGCCCUGGAAUCCGUCAACAUGUUCAGUUGGAGUGGAUCGGCCUUUGUGGGCGGCAUGGUGAUUGGCUGGGGAGGGAUACUGCCGUUGUUCAUUGUCACAGCUUGUGGACAGCUACUAGCUACUCUCCCACUCGUGGCACUGUUUGGAUACGACGUGGCCUCGCCCGAAACGAAUUACAACAACAACGGUGUGCAUUGGUUGGGUUGGAUGUUCUCGGCGCGUUCCGUAAGCUACAUACCCGACAGUGACGACGACCAGAGUUCAUACGGCUCUCGUCAGGGGGUAGUAGUGUAA